UCUGUGAAUACUAUCACUGGCUGACUUUGGAAGCCUCAUGCUGAAUCCUGUUUGGUGUGCAAUAGUAUACUGGAAAUGCAAUAUAUGCUGCUGUACCAGGUUACUUCAGCCACUGGAUGUUACCAUGUGAAACUAUUUGCUGAAAACAGGUGCUCAGUAAUCAUUCAUGCUGAAAUGUGCAGAUGUUUUCAGUCUUUAUGAAUAAAAGCUAAAAUUUAGUGCAACGUUGAAGUUUGUUGCUAUGGCUGGUUGUAGGUACUGUUUACUCGUGCACAACAUAAUUGUUACUCAGGCAUUGUGGAAGCUGGAAACAUGACAUGAUUGGGUAGAUAGUUUUCUGUUGCUGUGAAGUUGGUAUUUUCCUGUCGCCAUAUGUAAAAGCACUUUUUUGUUUGGUUAAGGCAGUUGCUCAGUGGUCUCUAUACUCAAACUUCCUUGACUGUAGCACCCUCUUACUGCUUUGUGUCAGUCUUCCAGCUGUACUGGCACGAGGCACUGAGAGGCAAGUUUUUCGGUUUUCCAGAAACAGAAAUGUGUCUUUACUGCGUUGUGGAAUGAGCCCUGAAGAAGGCAUUGUUCAUAGUGCCCCCAAAACAGCAUAAACAGGACUAACAAAUCGUUGUUCCUUCCGUUUACACCAUUUACAUGGGAAAAGAUAAAUAUGAAAAUGAAGACCUAAUAAAAUACGGCUGGCCUGAAGAUAUCUGGUUUCAUGUGGAUAAGCUCUCCUCUGCACAUGUGUAUCUUCGGUUACACAAGGGGCAGACGGUGGAUGACAUUCCCAAAGAAGUUUUGAUAGACUGUGCCCAUCUAGUGAAGGCUAAUAGCAUUCAAGGUUGCAAGAUGAACAACGUCAAUGUGGUGUACACGCCGUGGACUAACCUGAAGAAGACUGCAGACAUGGAUGUGGGGCAGAUCGGAUUUCACAGGCAAAAGGAUGUGAAAAUGCUGACAGUGGAGAAAAAGGUGAAUGAGAUAUUGAACCGGCUAGAGAAGACGAAAGUGGAACGCUUCCCAGAUCUGGCUGCUGAGAAGGAAGCCAGGGACAGAGAGGAAAGGAAUGAGAAAAAAGCCCAGAUCCAAGAGAUGAAGCGGAAGGAAAAGGAAGAGAUGAAGAAGAAGAAAGAGCUGGAAGAACUUAGGAGCUACUCGUCACUAAUGAAGGCUGAGAACAUGUCCUCCAAUCAGGAUGGCAACGAUUCAGAUGACUUUAUGUAAAUAAGGUCUCUCUCCUUUCUCAACCGUGAGGUGAUUUGGGAUGUCUGAAUGUGUGACCAUCAGUAAGAAUGCCAAAAAAAAAAGCCAACUGACUUCAUUUCCUCAGAACCUAGUUGGUUCUGUUGGCAGUCUGACCAGCUCUGUGCCCCGGACGACUUUUGAACAGAGAUCAUCUGUAUGCCUGCACAAACAUCUCAUGGGUGGAAGAAAAAAGAAUUGCAGUUCUACAAAGACAGUGAUAUUUAUUAUGGGAAAGGUGUUGGUGUAGCUUUUGAUCCAAUGAGAUUUUAAAAAAGAAAACAAACUGUGCUGUCUCAUUGCUGUCCUGUCAGAGUGACUCCAAAAGCGUUGCCAUCACCUUUGUGUCACUGGCAUGCGUGCAAGUCCAAAAGCGCCACUGCUGACUGCAUAACUCCUCUCUUCACGUGAGUGAUAGUCAACAAAAGGGGAGGAUAUCUAUAAAAAUGGGGUGCCUGAUCUCUGACCAGCUAACAGCUGCUUUGCAGACCUACCCGGCCCUUGCCGCUAGUAAAUCUAGCAGUUUGUAGCUACUCACUGAACACAGAGGUGCAGAGCAUGAAGACUCUGAGCUUGGCUGACGUUGCAGCCUAGCUGAGCAAAUUAGCAGAGGCUGUGAUGCGCGCCCCUAGCAUGAGAUGAGAAUGGUCCCCCGUUGCCUUUUUUAAAUUGCAUUUGAUUUCUGGGCUGUUCCUUGGAAAUCGUUUUUGGAGAGAGAAGCUCGCGAAGAGCUGAGUUUUGCACAGCGUCUAGGGCUGUUCGGUUCAGAGUUCUUGACUGAGCGCUCUGUAAGGUAUUGUGGAUGAACCUCUAUGAAAUGAUCAUGGUAAUUAUUGCAGCCCCUGUAUAUACGUCACAAUUAAAUUCAUACCACGCUGGUAAAACGUGC